AAUGUUCGAUGAUCUUGUGUCUCAGUAUGCUAUAGCCAUGCACCCGGACCGCCCACGUUAUGUGAUUGACAGGCCGGCAUAUAGCCUCCCAGACUUUGACAAAGAGUUUGACAAGAAGAGUCGACAAUUCCCUGCUGGGGAGAAAGUGGAGAAACUCUUCAGAUGCUCUGUGUCGAGACUGAAGGGCUUGUUAUUCAGACAUCUGCCUGUACUGAGCUGGCUUCCCAAGUACAAAGUGAGAGAAAACUUGUUGUGUGAUGUCAUCAGCGGGGUCAGCGCCGGCACCAUUCAGGUUCCUCAAGGCAUGGCAUUUGCCCUCCUGGCAAACCUCCCUCCUGUCAACGGUCUCUAUUCCUCUUUCUUUCCCCUCAUCCCGUAUUUCUUCAUGGGCACCGCUCACCAGAUGGUCCCCGGUACGUUUGCUGUCCUCAGCAUUAUGGUGGGAAUUGUGUGUCUCAGUCUGGCCCCAGAGUCAGACUUCAGUCAUUUCAAUGCCACUCUAAAUGCUACAGUAGUGGACACGGCCCUGAUGAAUGAAGUUCGUCUGGGCAUAUCUGGAACCCUGGCCUGUCUCACUGCAAUCAUACAGAUUGGUCUUGGGUUCAUGCAGUUUGGGUUUGUAGCCAUCUAUCUGUCAGAAUCCUUUGUUAGAGGCUUCAUGACUGCUGCAGGUUUGCAGAUCCUCAUCUCGGUGCUGAAGUACAUCUUUGGCAUCUAUGUGCCACCUUAUAGUGGUCCACUGGCAGUUAUAUAUACUCUCAUAGAUAUCAUACGCGGCCUUCCUGACACCAACAUAGCGUCAUUACUAUUUGCAGUGGUCAGUAGCAUAGUGCUGAUCGUGGUGAAGGAGUUGAGUGCACGCUACCGCCACAAGCUGCCCUUCCCCAUUCCUAUUGAAAUCGUUGUUGUGGUAGUGGCCACAGCCAUCUCAGGCCCUCUGGAUCUCCCUGAGAUCUAUCACAUGGACGUAGUGGGAGAAAUUCCUUUGGGAUUUCCAGCACCAAUUCUGCCCACAGUGAGUCAGUGGGAAGACAUGUUAAGUACAGCUUUUUCCUUGGCAAUCGUGGGGUAUGUCAUCAACUUGGCUAUGGCCAGGACGUUGGCAGCCAAACACGGCUAUGAUGUGGAUCCCAACCAGGAAAUGUUGGCUCUCGGUUGCAGCAAUUUUCUCGGGUCCUUUUUUAAGAUCCAUGUGAUCUGCUGUGCCCUGUCCGUGACCCUGGCUGUGGACAGUGCGGGUGGAACAUCACAGUUUGCCAGUUUAUGUGUAAUGCUGGUCGUAAUGAUUACCAUGCUUGCACUGGGAGCCUACCUGAAACCUCUUCCAAAAUCAGUGCUUGGAGCCUUGAUUGCAGUCAACCUGAAGAACACACUCCUGCAGCUCUCUGAUCCCUUUUACUUAUGGAAAAAGAGCAAAUUGGACUGCUGUGUGUGGGUUGUGUCAUUCUUGGCCACGUUCUUUCUCAGCUUGCCGUAUGGAGUUGCAGUAGGAGUGGGUUUUUCCAUCCUGGUAGUGAUAUUCAAGACACAGUUCCGUAAUGGUUCGUCAGUGGUUCAGAUUGUGGAUACAGACGUCUACAGAAACCCAAAGGUGUACAGUAAGACCAUGUCAAUAACAGGUGUGAAAAUAGUGAACUAUUGCUCACCACUCUAUUUUGCAAAUGCUGAAAUAUUUCGCCAGAGGGUCAUCAGAAAGACUGGACUGGACCCUGGCAAACUUAUCCUGGCCAGGCGGAAAUUCUUAGAGAAAGAACAGAAGGAAAAAGCAAAAGAGGAGAAGAAGGACAAGGAGAACAGAAGAUGGAAACUCAGAUCUUUGGUUAGCAUGAAGGCUCAGACCAUAAGUCAGCUUGAACUGCAAAAUAACUUUGAUAUGAACAAUGGCAGUGCCAACAAACCUGAACCUCCCACCAGCUAUGUCAACUUCUACUGCAGCGACAAUGAGCUGGGCGAACCGGCGGCGGACCAAGAGUCGCCCACUCCCUCUGCUGUCACACUGGAGUCCCAGCCUAUGCCCUUCCACACUCUUAUCCUCGACUUGGCUGGCGUCUGUUUCAUAGACCUUAUGGGCAUCAAAGUACUGACAAAGAUGAACUCAAGCUAUGCUAUGCUGGGCAUUAAAUUAUAUCUGGCUAAUGUCCAAGCCCAGGUAUAUGAGGAACUGGAGGCUGGAGGAGCUUUUGAAGACGGCAGUAUUGCCCGCAGUAAUCUCUUCCUUUCUGUCCACGAUGCCAUUCUGUUUGCUCAGCAGACCACUGGAGAGAGGGAAGUCUCCCCUAAGGUAGGCCCCGCAGUAUAAAAUGACCUUAUCAUACAAAUACUUUUCAUAACAUCACAUACAAACCUCAACAGUUCAAAGGCUCUUAGGUUAGGGAUGUAAGAAGAGAUUAGAAAGAGUCGAUUCAUGCUCAACAAAUCCCUCUUUAAGCACAGCUUUUGUCACCUUAUCUGGUUCAACAAGGGUAAACAGAAAUGUCAUAAAGGUUUUUGUGACACAUUAAGUGCCACAACAAACAGUGGUGUAAGUUACAUCAAGGUCAUGCUGCAUAUCACAGGCUGUGUGCUUGAUUUUGGCCUCUCUAU